UCACUACACAGCACUAUUCUUUGUCUCACUACACAGCACUAUUCUUUGUCUCACACACACAGCACUAUUCUUUGUCUCACUACACAGCACUAUUCUUUGUCUCACAGCACUAUUCUUUGUCUCACUACACAGCACUAUUCUUUGUCUCACUACACACAGCACUAUUCUUUGUCUCAUUACACAGCACUAUUCUUUGUCUCACUACACAGCACUAUUCUUUUUUGUAUUCUUUGUCUCAUUACACACAGCACUAUUCUUUGUUUCACUACACAGCACUAUUCUUUCUCUCACUACACAGCACUAUUCUUUGUCUCAUUACACAGCACUAUUCUUUGUCUCAUUACACAGCACUAUUCUUUGUUUCACUACACAGCACUAUUCUUUGUCUCACUACACAGCACUAUUCUUUGUCUCACUACACAGCACUAUUCUUUGUCUCACUAAUCACAGCACUAUUCUUUGUCUCACUGCACAGCACUAUUCUUUGUCUCACUACACAGCACUAUUCUUUGUCUCACUACACAGCACUAUUCUUUGUCUCACUACACAGCACUAUUCUUUGUCUCACUACACAGCACUAUUCUUUGUCUCACUACACAGCACUAUUCUUUGUCUCACUACACAGCACUAUUCUUUGUCUCACUACACAGCACUAUUCUUUGUCUCACUACACAGCACUAUUCUUUGUCUCACUACACAGCACUAUUCUUUGUCUCAUUACACAGCACUAUUCUUUGUCUCACUACACAGCACUAUUCUUUGUCUCACUACACAGCACUAUUCUUUGUCUCACUACACAGCACUAUUCUUUGUCUCACUACACAGCACUAUUCUUUGUCUCACUACACAGCACUAUUCUUUGUCUCACUACACAGCACUAUUCUUUGUCUCACUACACAGCACUAUUCUUUGUCUCACUACACAGCACUAUUCUUUGUCUCACUACACAGCACUAUUCUUUGUCUCACUACACAGCACUAUUCUUUGUCUCACUACACAACACUAUUCUUUGUCUCAGUACACAGCACUAUUCUUUGUCUCACUACACAGCACUAUUCUUUGUCUCAUUACAGAGCACUAUUCUUUGUCUCACACAGCACAUUCUUUUGUCUCAUUACAGACACUAUUCUUUGUCUCACUACACAGCACUAUUCUUUGUCUCACUACACAGCACUUUUCUUUGUCUCACUACACAGCACUAUUCUUUGUCUCACUACACAGCACUAUUCUUUGUCUCAUUACAUCAUAGCACUAUUCUUUGUCUCACUACACAGCACUAUUCUUUGGUUCAUUACAUCAUAGCACUAUUCUUUGGCUCACUACACAGCACUAUUCUUUGUCUUAUUACAUCAUAGCACUAUUCUUUGUCUCAUUACACAGCACUAUUCUUUGUUUCACUACACAGCACUAUUCUUUCUCUCACUACACAGCACUAUUCUUUGUCUCAUUACACAGCACUAUUCUUUGUCUCAUUACACAGCACUAUUCUUUGUUUCACUACACAGCACUAUUCUUUGUCUCACUACACAGCACUAUUCUUUGUCUCACUGCACAGCACUAUUCUUUGUCUCACUACACAGCACUAUUCUUUUUGUCUAUUCUUUCACUACACAGCACUAUUCUUUGUCUCACACACAGCACUAUUCUUUUUGUCUCACUACACAGCACUAUUCUUUGUCUCACUACACAGCACUAUUCUUUGUCUCACUCACACAGCACUAUUCUUUGUCUCACUACACAGCACUAUUCUUUGUCUCACUACACAGCACUAUUCUUUGUCUCAUUACACAGCACUAUUCUUUGUCUCACUGCACAGCACUAUUCCUUGGCUCACUACACAGCACUAUUCUUUGUCUCACUACAGAGCACUAUUCUUUGUCUCAUUACACAGCACUAUUCUUUGUCUCAUUACAUCAUAGCACUAUUCUUUGUCUGUCUACAUCACAGCACUAUUCUUUGUCUCACAUACACAGCACUAUUCUUUGUCUCACUACACACAGCACUAUUCUUUGUCUCAUUACACACAGCACUAUUCUUUGUUUGUCUCUUUGUCUCACUACAGCACUAUUCUUUGUCUCAUUACACAGCACUAUUCUUUGUCUCAUUACACAGCACUAUUCUUUGUCUCACUACACAGCACUAUUCUUUGUCUCACUACACAGCACUAUUCUUUGUCUCACUACACAGCACUAUUCUUUGUCUCACUACACAGCACUAUUCUUUGUCUCACUACACAGCACUAUUCUUUGUCUCACUGCACAGCACUAUUCUUUGUCUCACUACACAGCACUAUUCUUUGUCUCACUGCACAGCACUAUUCUUUGUCUCACUACACAGCACUAUUCUUUGUCUAUCUACACAGUAAUAUUCUUUGUCUCACUACACAGCACUAUUCUUUUUCCCACAACGCAGCACUAUUCUUUGUCUUACUACGUAGGACUAUUCUUUGUCUCACUACACAGCACUAUUCUUUGUCUCACUACACAGCACUAUUCUUUGUCUCACUGCACAGCACUAUUCCUUGUUUC